AUGGCGCUCAACAUGGACGACCUCAUCGGGUCCAUGCAGCACGGUUUCCACGCCGGCGAUCGCGGCAACGACCUCAACGAGAUCCGCGAUACGCUCAAGAUGUCGCUCCCACCCCAACACACCACCAACCCAGCCGCUGGUCCCUCGACACGUCGCUUCCAACCACCACCAGGGGCGUCAUCCCUGGAUGCGGACGUAGCGAUGCUCUCCUCCUCCUCUAGCAGUCAACCAUACCACUUGCAGCAACAGCAGCAGCUAUACCCACAGUCGUUCUUCGGCGGUAGUGGAGGAGGGGGGCCGGGAUCGUGGGGAUCCCAAUCGAGUUCCAGUAGCAACCCUGGAUGGGGUUUUCAAGCUGCACCUGCGAAUACGCCCCAACAGACUCCCGUGGAGACGUCGGCGUUGGCGAGACAGUUGCAGGCCGAAUUGGAGAGGAAUCAGUCCAGAUCGAACUAUGCGGUGCAUUACCCGACGCAACAGCAGUCGUCGGGGCAGACGCUGUCACCACCGCCGACAUCGAUGUUGAGCAAUGGUAGUGGUGGACAUGCGUCACCGCCACAGGUAGGGUUGGAUCGACAAGCCGGGGCAGCAGCAGGACGGCAGACGGGGAUAGGUAGCGCAGCGGACCACCCCAGAAGCUACGUCAAUGGUUUCGUGACUAGAGACGAUAGUGCCACGCCGACAAGGGGCAGUAUCAGCCCGGAUCUACAACGACAUCAACAGCAGCAGCAGCAUGGGUUGGCAUCGCCGUGA